AUGAAAGCCGCCUACGUCUUAGGUCUCCUCUCGGCAUGGCGGGUGGCAGCUCAGCUUACUGGUGCCGUUGGACCAACCACAAGUCUAAGCCAGAAAACCACAGAGUGCAACAUCUUGAACUACGGAGCAGUCAAUGAUAAUGCUACAGACGUGGCAGAUGCUAUCGAGAAAGCAUUCAAAACUUGUGUAUUACCUCACGCCGGAAGCCGGCUCAUUGUACCCGACGGCCAGUACCUGAUCAAGCGUACGGUUAUCUUGUCAAAUGGAACCAAUUGGGCCUUUCAGCUCGACGGUCUCAUCACCCUGGCAUACGGUGGCAACUGGACUGUUGAUCGUGAGUUAAUCUUACAAGGCUUCGCUGGGGUUGAGCCGCUGAACGCAACCAUCAAUGGCGAAGGCGAUGGCCAGUUUCUGCAGAAUGGCAUCACAAUUAUCAACCCCGUCGACUUUGAGUUCUACUCCAAGAACGGAAAGGGUGCCAUUCAGGGACAAGGCUACUUGUACAGAAAUCUCGCAAACACCUUCCGUCCCCGACUGGUCCGCCUGAUUUCGCCUAUCAACACUGCCGUGCAUGAUCUCAUUCUUGUUGACAGCCCUAAGUUCCACAUUGUUUUCGACUUUGCUGUCAACCUUGAGGUUUAUCACUUGACAAUCCGAGGCGCCAACCUUGGCUCGUAUGAUGGUGUCGAUGUUGUGGGCACGAACUACUGGAUCCACGAUAUCGAGGUCACCAAUAGAGACGAGUGCGUUUCUGUCAAGAGUCCUUCCAACCAUGCUCUGGUAGAAAACUUGGUCUGCAACCAAGCAGGAUCCGGAAUCUCCAUCGGCAGUCUCAACGUCUCUGCUUCCAUCGCCAACAUCAACUUCCGCUCUAAGGCAUCUCUCUAUGGAUUGGAUGUCAACCAAUAUUGGCAAAAUACUUUUGAGCCUGACACUGGUGCUGUGGCUUUGAGCAAUCUCAUAUUCCGUAACUUCUCAGGCUCGGUAGCCGAUGGUGCCAAACGGCCACCCUUGUAUCUUACAGCUAAUGACCUGACGUAUGCUACAAAUGUUACGGUGGAGAACUUUAGCCUCUGGACAGAGUCUGGCAACAGCGUUGUCAAUAAAAUUAGUAACAUUUUUGGUACCGGAGAUAAUUCCUAUGGGACAGGCAACGGCAUCAAAUCGCUCGGAGCUAAGGCGUCACCUGCGCCGUACACCAGUACAUAUACCAUCACGGCAUCGCCAACAGGUUGGACGGCUCCCCCGUCACCAAUUUGGGCCGUGCCAAAUACCGGAUAUGGAACCGACGUUCCCAUUCCGGUUUAUACCCCGGCGCCGCUCUGGAAGCCUGAGGGCGACUAUGAUAAGCACUAUUGGGGAUCUUUCUGA